AAGCAUUCCUAUCAAAUUUUUCCUUGACCUGUAGCUGUAUCAACGACUUGUCGUCAGUUUCUGACUUUUAGAGGAAAGUGCUGCUUCAAGGCCUUGAAGAUUGUGCAUUGUGUGUGCCUGUGAGGAGCCUGUGUGAGCCUGCUGGCCAGGAUCCUUGUGCAGAUAUAUACAGGGUGCAGACUCCGAAGAAGGAAAGACUUGGUAGCCAUGGCAACUGCCUCCCAGCGUGAGCUCUUCUAUUCUGCUGGGCUUCUGGCUCUGGUCUUGGCUUGCUACUCUAACGCCCUCUCCUGUGGAUUCGUCUUUGAUGACCGGUCAGCGAUCGUCGAGAACAAAGACCUCCGGCCAGACUCGUCCACCUUCGAUUUGUUUUCGAAUGAUUUCUGGGGGAUGCCCAUGCACAAGGAAAGAAGUCACAAGUCAUACCGUCCUCUGUGUGUUCUUACCUUCCGUCUAAACUACGCUCUUGGAGAACUGAACCCAUGGGGUUAUCACCUUGUCAACGUGGUGCUGCACUGGGUGGUGUGUGUCCUCUUCUUGAAAGCGGCCAAACAAAUUGUAGAUGAAGAGAGUAGUGUCAACGCAUCUCUUCUCUUUGCUGUACAUGCUGUUCACACUGAAGCGGUUACUGGAGUGGUCGGUAGAGCUGAACUGCUGUCCUCUGUCUUCAUGCUACUAUCGUUCAUGGCUUACGUCAAAGCAGCCGAGGCCAAUAACACCACAAACUGGAAGUAUAUGAUGUGGUCGGGUUUGCUCAUUGCCAUGGCAACCAUCUCCAAAGAACAGGGCAUUACUGUGGUUGGCAUAUGCUGCAUCUAUGAAAUCUUUUUCCUACAGAAGUUCUCACUUAAGGCAUUCAUGCAACAUCCUAAAUCGAGAGGUUCAAAGGCAUCGCAGAGCUCAUCACCCAAUUCUCAGGCUUUGUGGAGGGCUGCUCCUAGGUUGGGAUACCUGAUAGCAUCAUCUGGGCUGUUACUAUGGGGACGGAUGAUCAUCAUGGGGGCAAAGUUGCCCUCCUUUACCAGAUUUGAUAACCCAGCUGCCCUGUCACCCUUCCCAACCCGUCACCUGACCCACUUAUACCUUCUGCCAGUCAACGUUUGGCUCCUCCUCUGUCCCUCAACUCUGCUCUGUGAUUGGACAAUGGGAACCAUCCCACUGGUGACCUCUCUCAGUGACCCUCGUAACCUGGCAACCCUUUUACUGGUGACCUGCCUCUUUCUACUGGUGCUGUAUGCAGUAUUUGCAGAAGAGAAAAUUUCAUGCCAACUUAUAAUGGCUUUAUCGUUUCUUGUCCUGCCAUUCUUGCCAGCUAGUAACUUGUUUUUCCCAGUUGGGUUCGUUGUUGCCGAGAGGGUGCUCUACACUCCUAGUAUGGGAUACUGUUUGCUCGUUGCCAUAGCGAUGGAGAGAUUACAAGCAAAUAGAAGGUCCAUGAGGUAUGUCGUUGGUGGCAUCUUUGCCGUCAUCCUACUCUUGCAUGCUGGGAAAACUAUCCAAAGGAAUCCUGAUUGGGAGAGUGAAUAUUCUCUCUUCAGCUCCGCCCUGAAGGUUACCCAGAACAACGCUAAGCUGUGGAACAACGUAGGUCACGCUUUGGAAGCAGAAAGCCGCUGGGAAGAUGCCUUCAUCUAUUUCAAUAAUGCCGCAAUGGUCCAACCAGAUGACAUAGGGUCAUGGAUCAACGUCGGGAGAACGUACCGUCAACUCGGUAAGCCGGCCGAGGCGGAGGCAGCAUACAGGAGAGCGAUGAAAUUGAUGCCCCAGCCCAGGAAGGGAGAGCAGUACUUGGCCCAGAUUGAUCCAAACCAUCUCAAUGUGUACCUCAACCUGGCGAACCUGAUCAAGAAGAAUGAGAGCAGACUCAAAGAAGCAGAAGAGCUUUACCUUAAGGCGAUCAGGAUGCGUCCUGACUUUGUGGAAGCGUACAUCAAUCAAGGAGAGAUUCUACUGAAAAGAGGCCAGUUAGACGAAGCAGAGUCCCUCUACCAACAAGCGGCUCAAUUAGAACCACUCAAAGCAGAUAUACACUACAAUCUUGGGAUAGUAGCCAUGAAAAAACGGCAGAAGCCGAAAGCACUCAAGCAUUUUGAUCGGGCUGUGGAGAUAGAUCCCAAGCACAAGAUGGCGCUAUACAACUCCGCCCUUUACAUCCAGGAAUCUGGCAAUGCUGCUCGAAGGCAAGAUGCUAUCAAGAGACUGGAGAAGGUGAUAGAGAUAGAUCCAGAGAGUGAGAUGAGCUAUUCUACGCUAGGAAUGCUAGCUGUAGAUGAUAAUGAUAACCCGGGAGCUCUUCAAUAUUAUCAGAAAGCAUUGGAGAUCAAUCCUUCUUCUCGGCAUGCCCUUUUCAACAUAGCUAUGAUUCAUUCGGAUGACAAGCACCCUCUCCAGGCCAAACCAUAUCUAGAAAAUCUCCUCCAGCAUCACCCUAACCAUACCAAAAGUAUGCUCCUGUUAGGUGAUAUCAUGCUUAAUUCCCUCCAAGACGUCAUCAAAUCUCAACAAUUGUUUCAGCGGAUAGUGGACCUAGAACCUUCCAACGUCCAGGCCCAGCAUAACCUCUGCGUCAUCAUGGUCCAGAAAGGUCUAUUCAUGGAGGGUGAGCAAUGUCUGUUGGACGUCCUGGAGAGGGCGCCACAUGCAGAAUUUGUGCGGACCAACCUGAGCAUCCUGAGACAGAAGAUCAAGGAAAGAUCAACGGCGAAGCAAGAGAAGGAAUCGAGCAGCGAUACGGGCGUUAGGUGACGGAUCACGUGAAACAGUUUCGUCAAAGAUUCCAGUGUGCUUUAUUUCCAGAGCCCCGUUUACAUAUGCUGCGAUAAACUGCCGCAGCGGUCUUCCGCCGAGAUGGAAUAAAAUGAGAUAAUCCUAAUUAAUCAGCCUCAAAUUUUUGUACCUUUAAUAUACAGAUAAGAGAUUACCCACUGAACCUGAAGCUACAAUUUUUAUGCCUCCGCACAAAGUAGCUGGAGGCAUUAUGUUUUCAGGUUGUCCGUCCGUCCGUCUGUCUGUCUCGUCCAUCUCGCUUAAUCUCAAAAACCGAUUGACAGAUUACUAUGAAACUCAAGACAUUUAUGUAUCUAGCAGAGCCAAAGAACCGAUCAGAUUUUGGGGUCACGAGGUCUUAGGUCACAGGGCUCAUUAUGUAUGCAUAAAUAUCUCAUGAUCACAUUAUCAUUAGGACCGAUUGACGAAUUACUAUCAAACUCAAGACAUGUAUGUAUCUUGCAGAGCCAAUGAACUGAUUAGAUUUUAGGGUCAUGAGGUCAAAGGGUCAUACAUGUCUAUGAAAAAUAGUGUGUAAUCGCAUUAUCAUUAGAACCGUCGGAUGGAUUACCAUCACACUCAGGACAUGUAUGUAUCUUGCAGCGCUAACAGACUGAUCAGAUUUUAGGGUCAUGAGGU